AUGAACAAAUUGGGUGCCAGUCUGCAAGCACUUACGGAUUCGGCGCCGCAAACUACAACGCUUCGUCUCUGCCACAAGUUCCGCGAUGGUCCUCUUUCAAAGCUACCACAAGAGCUCUUGGAGCACAUUGUUGACAAUAUCCAAGGCGCAGCGCGAGCAAAGUGCCUGCCUGGAUGGUACCAAGAUUCCAUUUGCUGGCAGGGAACUUGUCGACACGAAGACCACUACAAGGUCUAUGGAGAAGAAGUCGAGAAACUUUGGCAGAAGAUCUUCGUUGACAAGGCUUAUGGGAAGACAUUUGAAAAGACCAACCUUGAUAAUAAGACCGAGGCAGAGAAAGUAGACAUGGUACAGGACUGGGUGCAAAGCGACCCUUCCAUCUUUGACAAUGAGGAAGGCCAUUGUCUGCACUUUGAUGCGAUGUUCCGCUGGCUCGACCGCUGCUGUACAUGUCCCCAGACCCAGCCUGGAGACACUCGCAAAAUCCUCAAAGCCCGAUUUGGACUCGAAGCAGUCGUAUAUCAUGAAACAUUGUCGGAGCAGAUGUACGAUUUCCUCCCAAACCACCAAACCAGCGAAGAGCAUGCGUACUACACCGUGUGCUAUCUUACGCUGCCUCAGGAGUCAGCUUCCUCCACUUUCGCCAGUAGUGGCAGCGCCAAUUCGCAAGAUCAACAUGUGGAGAGCAAUAUUGUGCACACUGCCUUUCGUCAGAUCAUUGAUCCGUCUACUCUUAUCAUCUCGGAACAGCAGCGUUGUCGCUUCACCAGAACCCUAAAGAAGCUGAACCUCAAGCCGCACUACCAUCUGAGCGAGAUGGAGCCGCUUAUAGUCCAUCCUAUCCAAGAUGAAGAUCUGGCCUACCUCUGCUCGUGCCGUGAUGGCGACUGUCCUGGAGCCUGCUAUGACAUCCACUCUUGGGACAGACCAUAUUGCCUUGAGCAAACGCUGAAAUCCAAGAGCAAAGUCAAGUCCGCUCUUCUCCCCUCCUUCAACACACCCCUCCCACCCUCUCCAUCAAUCCCCAUCAAUCCCGCCACAUUCUCCGUCACCGUGCCCACCGCCUCCGCAAUCCCACACCCACUCCACUCCAUCAGAUUCCUCACACUCUGCUGCAACGGUAUACAACCACCAAUCAACGUAUCCGUACCCGCAAUGGUUGCCCUAUCCCCCGCCUUCGUCUGCUCAAACGGAAUCUGCGCAUGCCCUGGAUACGUGCCAUCUGCCAGCGAAGCAAGCUCGAUGCUAUCCGUGAUGAUAACAGCACGUCGUGGAUUCGCGCGGUGCAACAACGACACGGUAUUCGGAUGGAGAUGCUGGCCAUCUGCUAUCACCGAAUAA